GCCUCUCCUCCACAUGCAUUUGCCUCUCAACUCCCUUAUAAAAUCCCUUCACCACCACCACCAUCAUCACCACGUACCAAUCCACCUCCACCACCACCAUCUAACCAUUACACACACAAAGAAAUUCAUAAUGGGUCUUAGAAGAUCUCACAACAAACAAACACAAGCAAUAGCCGACAAGAGAAUCAUCAAGAAAGGCUCAAAUAUUGAAGAUGAUGACAAUGGCUACCCAACUGACGUCCCUAGAGGACACUUUGUAGUGUACGUAGGAGAAAGAAGAAGCAGAUACAUCAUACCGAUAUCAUGCCUACAUGACAUAGGGUUCCAAAUCCUGCUACGUCAAGCUGAGGAAGAGUUUGGGUUUAACCACGACAUGGGGUUGACCAUUCCUUGCCUUGAACAAGAUUUCUUGUCUAUCUUCUCUUGAAAUCGCUAAUAUUAAACCGUAUCGCAAACACCAACAGAAGCUUUACCCAUUGGUUUACUCAUCUUCGUAUCAAGUUUUUCGAAAUAUUAAAUGUAAUUCAUCAAGCCAUUUUUUCUAUUUUUCUCAUGUGGUGGUAUGAACACCCUUGGAAAAAUAUUGUGUUGUUCAUGUCAUAUUGUCCAGUUAAUCUGUUGGAUAUGUUAAUGAAGUUUUUUUGAGCCACAA